GGCCCAACUUUUAGCCUGUUGGGCCCUCGGGCUUUCGUCAGUGUACAAAAGCCCAUCGGGCGAAGCUGUAUCAGGAUUUAGGGUUUAAGGUCGCAACAUCCCCAAGAAUCUCUCUCUCUCUCUCUCUCUCUGCGUUCUCUUUCUUCUGUGGUUCAGAUCUCUAGGAACAAUGGGAAAGAAGAGGAAACAUAGUGAAGCAGAGGUUGCUGUAACUGUAAAGAAGGAUGAGAGUGCUGAAGAGAGGCCUAAAAGAACACUUUUGGGUUGGAAACAUAAAGAUAAGAUUGAAGAGAAAGUAACUGAUUCUACAGUUUUUAGAAAUAAAGAGAAAGUUUUGGUCACUUGUUCUCGCCGCAUUAAUUACAGGUAUCGACAUUUGAUGUUGAACGUCGUGUCACUUUUGCCCCACUGUAAGAAGGAUAACAAGGUUGAAUCUAAAGCAAGUAAAGGGGCAACUCUGAAUGAGCUUGUUGAACUCAAAGGCUGUUCUUCUUGCCUGUUUUUUGAGUGCAGAAAACAUAAAGAUCUUUAUCUAUGGAUGGCAAAGUGUCCCAACGGUCCAUCAGUAAAGUUCUUAGUAAAUGCUGUGCACACCAUGGAAGAAUUGAAGCUUACUGGAAAUCAUUUGAAAGGCUCACGCCCUCUUUUGACUUUCUCGACUAAUUUUGAUAAAGACCCCCACUGGAAACUUUUGAAAGAGAUAAUCAUGCAGAUAUUUGGAACUCCAAAAGAUCACAGGAAGUCUAAACCUUAUCAUGAUCACAUAUUUGUUUUCUCAAUUGUUGAUGACCACAUAUGGUUUCGGAAUUACCAGAUAUCUGUUCCUCAUAGUGAAGCGGAUAAAAUGGACCGAGGGGGCCUAGAUAAAAUGACCCUUGUUGAGGUUGGUCCAAGAUUUUGUUUGAAUCCUAUCAAGAUAUUUGGAGGCAGCUUUGGAGGCCCAACACUGUAUGAGAAUCCAUUUUAUGUUGCACCCAACCAGAUUCGUGCAUUAGAGAAGAGGCAGAAGGCUGGUAAAUACGCAAAGAAAGUUAAAGCCAAAACGAGGAGGAAGAUGCAUGAGCUAUCAAAUCCCCUGGAGCCUGAUGAGUUUGCCGAUAUGUGGAAGGAAAAGGAAUGAUGAAACCAGUCACCCAUGUGAACCUUGUUAUUGUGAUCGAUCGAUAUGAUUGUCCUCUCUUUUGGGUUAAAAAAAAAAGAGGGGGGAAGGAAUCUUUUAAAUCAGCUUGUAUGCAACAUGAGAUGGAAAUUUUUUUCUGAGUAAAAUUUUGGUCUUCAGUGUAUCAGUAUGUAUUUUCAUAUUGAAAUAUGUUUCAUCAUAUGAAUUUUCGUUUCUAUAUGGUUCUAGUACUUUUGAAGUUGUUUGGUGAAGGAUGAAUUCUACUAGAUCCAUUUGGCUUUGUCAUCUGGAA